AUGGAGCGAGAAUCGAGAAGUCUCAAUGAAGAACUCAAGGUGGAGGAUGAAGUGGGACUUCUGGAAACUGGGAAAUCCAAGGUCAAGGCACCAGCAGAUCUGGUGUCUGAGAGUCCACAUCAUGGAAAGCUUCAUGAAGAACUUGGGUUGAAAUUGGCUCGAAGAUAUGCAGAAAAUGUUAUCCUGGAUCCAGAGACAGCUCACCCAUAUCUCCAAGUUGCUGAGGACAAUAAAAGUGUGAAAGGAGGUGAUACCUUGCAGGAACUGCCCAAAAUAUACUUCAUUCUUUUAGGGGUCUUUAACUGCACUCAGACCCAUCUGUUCCUCUUUUCAAUGGUGCUCAUGCUCUUCCUCAUCUUGAUGGGCAAUGCCCUCAUGAUUGUGCUCAACCAUGAGGCCCAGCGGCACACACCCAUGUACUUCCUGCUUAGCCAGCUCUCCCUCAUGGACAUGAUGCUGGUUUCCACCAUAGUCCCCCAAAUGGCAACCAACUACCUGCUGGGCACCAGGUCCAUCUCUCCUGCUGGCUGUGGAGCCCGGAGUUUACUGUUUCCCAUGCUGGGAGAGGGUGAGUGCUUCCUCUUAGCGGCCAUGGCCUAUGACCGCUAUGUGGCCAUACGUCACCCCCUGCGCUACCCCAUCCUCAUGAAUCAGAAGCUCUGCUUGCACGUGAACACAGGCUCCUGGCUUCCGGGAGGGGUGGAUGGGCUGAUGCAGCCUGGUGCCACUCUGAGCUUCCCUUACUGCCAUUCUCGAGAAAUCACCCACUUCUUUCGUGAGGCACCCACACUCACGCACCUUGCCUGUGCCCACGCUACCUUUUUUAAGUUUUUCACGUAUGUGUGCUGCCUCCUGAUGCUCUUGAUCCCUCUGUCUCUCCUUUUGGCUUCCUACAGUCUCAUCUUGGCUGCUGGGCUCCGCAUGCGGUCCACUGCAGCUCAGAAGAAAGCGUUUGUCACCUGCUCCUCUCACCUGGCUGUGGUGGGGCUCUUCUGUGGCACUCUCCUACUCAUCUAUGUGCGGCCCAAAUCCUACCGCUCAGUGGCCCAUGACAAGGUGGUCUCUGCUUCUUACACCAUCUUCACACCUGUGUUGAACCCCCUUAUCUACAGUGUGAGGAACGAAGACGUCAAGGGGGCUUUGAGACAAUGGCUAGAGAAACAUUUUCUGGGACGUCUAUAG